AGCUUAUUCAUAGAAAUUUCUUAAUACUUAAAUAAACUGUUCUCUUUCCAAAGCAUUUCAAAUCCUUAACACGAAUUUGCCAUGCUAAAUGUAUAGAAACAAAUGAUGUUUUUAAUGUAUAGGAACUCCAAUUCUAAAUACAGAAAGAGAGCAGGCAGCACACUCAGGUCCUGUAUUUCCUGCACAAUCAGAUCAAGAUAUGAUAUCAGUACCUAUACAACAGCCAGAAACGUAUAUAGCUUUGUACGAUUACAAACCAAGAAUGGACGAUGAAAUCGAAAUCAAGGCAGGACAUGUUGUGACGGUUUGGGAAAACUGUGAUGAUUGGUUCCGUGGUGUAGCAAGCGGGAGAUAUGGAUUAUUCCCUCAGAAUUACGUACAGAAGGUUGAAGAUUCAGGUGGUGCCGGUACACAUGCUUCAGGUGGUGCCUGUACAAAUGAAAUGGCUAGUAAAAUAUUAUAUGCUCGCCGUGGGUCUCAAAUUCUAACUACAGAAAGAGAGCAAGAAUCACACUCGGAUCCUGUAUUCCUUGCACAAUCAGGUCAAGAUAUGAUACCAAUACCUCAACAACAGCCAGAAAAGUAUAAAGCUGUGUGCGAUUACAAACCAAUAAGGCAUGGUGAAAUCGAAAUCAAGGCAGGACAUGAUGUGACGGUUUGGGGAAAAAGUGAUGAUUGGUUCCGUGGUGAAGCAAGCGGUCGAUAUGGAUACUUCCCUGGGAAUUUGGUACAGAAGCUUGAAGAUAAUGAUUCAUUUGGUGAAUGUACAAAUGAACUGGCUAAGAAAUCAUAUGCUCGUCGUGCUAAGUUGAAAGAUAGCUAAAUUAAACUAAAUAUAUAAUUAACAGGAAGUGAUGGAUGUAUUUUAUCAAUAUCAAAACAAGACAAUGAGUGUAUUCAAGAGAAAGGACAGAUCGUGUGAAAAAUUACUUAUUGUAUAUUCCGAUCGUUUCACAAUCAUCUUGAAUACUUGUAAAUAAGCCAUUAAAUCACCGACAGUUAUGAAACAUAUUUAAAUCUAUAAAUAGGAUAAAGUGUGUUCUUGUGUUACCAUUAAGAAAAUUAAAUAGUUUAACCAAUUUUCCAUUUCACAUUUCAAUAUUAUUAGGUACAAGUGUGGAAAAUUUUCUGAAUUCCGCCUAUUCGCAAGAAAUAUCUCAAUUUCAGUAUUUAUGUUGAAUUCAGGUAACAGACCUCAUUGAAUAACAGAUUAAGUCCGAAACGUUCUAAGUUGUCGUUAAUGCCAUCCAGGAAGAUAGUGAAGUCCAGUCUAGUUACCUAGUUAUUCUUAGUACAUUAAAUUUGAAUAUGUUU